ACACCCAUACCUCCCACCACUUUCUAUGGUCCACCACCAUUACCAUUGCGGCCCAACCAUGUUGGAUCGUCUCACACUAAUUUCUUACCUCCAUCGACGCCGCCACCAACGUACAACUCGCUGGAGAUGACACCCUUUCGUGAGCCACAGCUAGUCGGAGAGGAUCUUGUUGACGAUGCUGGACGUGUUCCUGGUCUUGUUCCUCCCGAUGAUCAGGGUCAGGCUUCUACCGCUUGGAACGAUCAGACAAACGAAUGGGAGGCCUCUGGAGAUUCAUGGGCAUCUGAUAUAGAUGGAAGAAAUGAAGAUGAAGAGCUGAAUUGGUGGGACUCCACGGUUCGUGUAUGGAAUGGACGACCUGGACCAGGAAUGUUGCCUCCUGUUCUGGCUGAUUUGUUACACCAUCCCGAUCAUUCGUUGUUCUCAGUGAGCGUCACUGCUCCGGAUCUGAAGCCUACUCCGCCUGCUUCAGGGAGCGAUGUUCCCUCAGAUAUAUCUCCGCCACCAUCUGCUGACGACUUGACCUACUCAAUUCCACAUCCUAAUGCAUAUUACUGCAGGAAGCAUAACGGCUGGGUGCUCCUCCUUUGGAAAUCAUCAUCUAUCUUACCUCCUCUUGCCAAAUCAUUCAAACCUCAUCAUCCUUUUCCUGACCAGAAUCGGCGUAAACGCACGAGUUCUUGCAUAGGCGAUGGGGAACAACCUUUUGGCCAGGUCAACAAAACGCAUCACUUCCAUCUAUACGAAAAAGCCGUAGAUUCUCAUCAGCUCAUGCCGCCUUUCCGCCGCGCGGAAUGGGAGUGUUCGAUGUACUGCAUUGCAUCAGAUGUGAUCCCUGGAAUUAUUCCUUCAAAGUUAAUGGACGAUUUCACAAAAGAUAGGUCCAGCAACCCAAGUCCAGGAAAGAAGAGCGAGGAAGCUGUUAUGGCAGGUUGGGAAACGUUUAUCACGGUUAUCGAGAAUAAGCUCUGGAAAGGAGAAAGUCGCCCACUACCUAUCGGCAGGAAGACAUUUCAAGCUAAGCUAGGAUGGUCACCAAUUGUCCGAGAGAUAUUCGAAUACCUUGGUUUCCACCUUAGUUCUAUAUCUCCAAAUUCAACUGGCAGCGAAGAAAUGGCUAUGGUUCCACCGUCGACGGACUCUCGUACCCCCGAAGGACGUCUGAAUCGAUCCAAGCUCCUGCGUGCCUGGGUAGAGCUUAGUGCAUGGUUGACAGACUACCACCGCCGAUUUGCCAUCGGACUCAAGGCAUAUGUUCCCCAUCAACUAUGGGUCCGAGCCGAAAGUGCACGGGAAAUGUAUCAAAACGCCAUAGGUGCUCAUCCUGAUCAAGAACUGCUUGCAUUUGCUUACAUGGCACAGUGCCGCUGCAAUCCCAUUGGUACUCCAGAUUACUUUAGUCAUUUCUACGGGAUCGUAAAAGCCAUGCAAGAUCUGGGUGAUAUACCUCCCCAAGAAUUACAAAACUUAGUGAUGGAGGAACGAGGUCGUUAUCGCUACACUUAUGAAGAUCUACAGAAUGCAACGAAAACACUUGGCUUUGGAAAAGACGGAGCCCUUGGGGUCGAUCUUGAAGACGAUGUUCCAGAUGAUUUUGUGGAGCAAGCUUGGAGAGACACUGUGAGGCGAGCUUGGCGUGACACUCAGGACAGCUCUGAUCUCCAAAGAGAUGCAAACGAUGCUUUCAGGAUGAUAGCCGAGUCGAGGGGGAGCUCGAAACUGCGCAGUAUAUGGGCAGAUUCGAAGCACAAUCAAAUGAACCCUUCUCGUGCUUACUCUGUUCUUGAGGUUCCGCAAGAUGUGGAUGAAACAAUGCUGCUUACAGUGUUCUUGAUGAGGAUUGAAGAACAACCAGCCCAAACCGAUAAGAUGCGAGAAGCGUUGGCCACAAUUUCUGAAGCAAGGGAUAGCGCUCGAUUGCGCCAGUUCCUAGAAACUGGUCAAGAUCCGGGCGAUAUCAUUGCUCCUACUCGCCCAGAUUUGCCAAGAGGUUUGAACCAGCUGGGCAAUACGUGCUAUCUGAACUCUCUGCUACAGUACUUCUAUACCAUCAGGGAGCUGAGAGAAGCGGUUGCACCUAUGGCCAACAUUGACAUCAAAUCCUUAGAGGAUGAGAAACUUUCUGACGACGAUCUCAAGCGUCAUCGUGUCGGAGGUAGAUUAGUCACGCGAAGAGAAAUUCUACGAUCCAAGAAGUUUGUUAGCCAACUUGCUGACUUGUUUUGGCAACUGGAGUAUUGUGAAGCGGCGUCAGUCACUCCCACUAUCGAUUUGGCCAAACUGGCUCUCGUCACCUCGAGGGACGAAGAAGAUGAAGAAGUAGACAGGGGAGGAACGGAUUCAUCCAACGACACAGAUGCUACUUUGGUAGAAGAUGGUCCAACGCGAGUUCAUUCCGCUGAUUCGCCCAGUUCUGUAUUGGGAAAGCGACCUCGCGAUGAUCAAAAAGCGGACGACAUGGUUAUAGAUAGUCCUAAAUCAGAGUCGGAUGGUGAUAAGGCCGGGUUCGUCAUAGUAUCAAAGCCGAAUUCGCCUAGACGGUCAAAUUCCCCUCGUUCCCAUCGCAAGAGCAUCUCGCAAUCAAAAAGUGCGGACCCUUCCACUUCUAAGCUGGUGGAAGUUGAAGACGUUGAAAUGCGCGAGAGCUCGCAAGCGGUGGAGACUCAAAAGCCACCUCACUUGCCUGCAAGGAAAACUAACAUGGCAUCUGAUUCUAUCAUGAUGUUUGGAAAGCAACAUGAUGUUUCCGAAUGUAUGGAUAAUUGCAUGUUCCAGAUAGAGACGGCCCUACUGAAGUUUGAUGGUUUAAGUGGGUCGCAAGAUAAAGGGAGUGUAGUCAAGAGACUCUUUUAUGGCAAAAUUCGGCAACGCAUAACUCCUAUGCGCAUCGAGGGUCGUUCUCGAGCAUCUAUACACGAGAAAGAAGAUAUUUUCUCACAUUUACCUAUCAAUGUCGCGGAUAAUGGCUUCGACAUCUACGAUGGUUUAAGUGGCUACUUUGAUGAUGUUGUUGAAUAUGAAGGGAAUAAAGCAAGGAUGGAGGUUGCUCUGGUGGAUCUUCCUCCACUGCUUCAAGUCCAGCUUCAGCGAGUCCAAUUCAAUCGCGAGACCUUGCAGCCAUACAAAUCACAAGCAUAUGUCAAGUUUGGAGAAACUAUCUACAUGGAUCGCUUCCUUGAUUCUGCUGAUUCUCAGAAGAAAGCAAGGUCAAAAAUCAUUCAAGCGGACCUUACCGCGCGACGAGAACGUAUACGGCUACUAACGCAAGACAAGCACGCGCCAUUCAUACCUGCCUUAGACGGUGCACUUGGCUUCCUUUCAAGACAGGAGAAUAUUGCUCUACCUGAAGUAGACGAGGAACUGAUUGCACAGAUGAACAGCGAGCAAGAUGUCGUAAAGCUGGAAGUUGAAGAGCUUCGUGCUGGUAUCACGAAGCUGAAAGAAGAAUUAGAGGACAUUUGGCGUGAAGACACCCAAGUUGCGUAUGAGCUCACCUCCGUCUUUAUCCAUCGAGGAUCUUCUCCAUCUUGGGGUCAUUAUUUCUUUUACUCCCGACACUUACCAGAUCAGCCUGAUAUGUGGUUCAAGUAUAAUGACUCCGAUGUGGCGGAGGUGCCUAAAGACGAGGUCUUAGCUGAUACCACAGGUUCGACUGCAAAUCCUUACCUGCUUGUGUUUUCUAGGAAAGGCUCAGAAGUUAUACAGACUGUUAAACGAUUUGACCCAAUGAAUCUCGAGGAAGCUGAUGCUUAAUCCAUGCAUGUACUAGUAACACUAUUAACACUACUUUCCCAAUACACUUACAUGCUGUACUACAUGCAUUGCUGUAAUUGCUAGGACAUUCCCCAAUCUCAGAUAAUGGUUGCUUAU